AUGAAAACGACUCAGGCCAUCCGAUAUGCCGUUCGUCUGAACUAUGGACAGGUUAACGAAGUUGCUACCAAGUCCGCGGAUCGCUACACAACAAGAUCAGCGGCCCUUCUAGCAGCACUCGGUAUUGGAUUGUCCUCGUUUAGUAUGAAACAAAUGCUAACCAAACCGGCUAAAAGGAAAUUGUAA